CUAGCAUUUCUACAACUAGACCAUUAGCCUUUGAGCAGAUGUCAGAUCGUAAGGAACGGCUGCCUGCAGAUCAAGUUGCUGCUGCCAACUCUCGCGAGCUUUGUGUCAGAAACAGUUGAUUAUAAUGUCAGUACUGUCCAAUUUACGGGCUUAAAGCAGCAGCUGCAUACUGCAUUUUCCCUGAAGUAUUCAAAGAUCCUGACUCUUAAAAACUUUGUAGUUCUUGUAAUAGAAGUGGGGUAUCAUGACUUGGACAAAUGGCACAAGUCUCUAUACCAGAUUUCUUAUGUGGCUUCUUCUCCUGUAUAUGUUCAUCAGGAAGGUAAUGCCUGAAGAUAACAUCAUUACAACCAAGAAAGGCAGAGUCAGAGGGACGAACCUACAGGUACUGGGGGGAACUGUGACAGCCUUCCUUGGAAUACCUUAUGGACAGCCACCCAUUGGUAGACUGAGAUUUCAAAAACCAGAACCUCGUGAGAAGUGGUCAGAUGUUUGGGAUGCCACAAAACAUGCAAACUCUUGCUACCAGCUUAUAGAUACGACUUACCCGGGAUUUCCUGGAUCAGAGAUGUGGAAUCCAAAAACUAACCUAAGUGAAGACUGUUUAUACCUUAAUGUGUGGAUCCCUUCUCCCAAACCCAAGAAUGCAACUGUCAUGGUGUGGAUAUAUGGUGGUGGCUUUGAGAGCGGGUCAACUUCCUUACCGGUCUAUGAUGGCAAGUUUCUGGCCAGGGUGGAAAGAGUCAUUGUAGUUUCCAUGAACUACCGGACUGGUGCAUUGGGAUUUUUGGCUUUGCCAGGAAACCAGGAAGCUCCUGGAAAUGCAGGUUUAUUUGAUCAAAGAUUGGCACUUCAGUGGAUCCAGGAGAACAUAGCAGCAUUUGGAGGCAAUCCAAAAAGUGUGACUAUAUUUGGAGAGAGUGCUGGCUCGGCUUCUGUCAGCUACCAUAUCCUUUCUCCUAAAAGCCAUCCUUUAUUCACAAGAGCCAUCAUGCAAAGUGGAUCUGCAAAUACCCCUUGGGCUGCAAUAACAGCAUCUGAAGCCAGAAACAGAACAGUGGCUUUAGCUAAACAACUCCAGUGUCCCACCAGCAAUGAGACAGAGCUAAUUCUCUGCCUCCAAGACAAGGACCCAAAGGAUAUACUGGAGAAUGAAAAAUUUGUUGUAACAUAUGACUCUCUUUUACAAAUAUAUUUCUGUCCAACUGUGGAUGGAGAUUUUCUCGCAGACAUGCCAGAAAAGUUGAUUGAGAAUGGCCUUUUCAAACACACGCAGAUCUUAGUUGGUGUUAAUAAAGAUGAAGGAUCAGCAUUUCUAGCAUAUGGAGUCCCUGGCUUCAGCAAGGAUAGUGAUGGCUUGAUCAAUAAAACAGCAUUUGAAGCAGCUUUAACUCAGUCCUUCCCAGCAGCAAGCCAACUUGCAAUAGAAUCGAUCAUUUUUCAGUACACAGAUUGGGAAAAUGAGCAAAAGCCAGAACAUUACCGUGAUGCCAUGGAUGACGUUGUUGGUGACUACAAUAUAAUAUGUCCUGCAAUGGAGUUCACCAAAAAAUUUGCACAACUGGGACACAACGCGUUCUUUUAUUUCUUUGAACAUCGAUCCUCAAAGCUGCCUUGGCCAGAGUGGAUGGGAGUAAUGCACGGUUAUGAGAUUGAAUUUGUGUUCGGAUUGCCCCUAGAAAGAAGAGUGAAUUACACCAAAGCUGAAGAACUCUUAAGCCGGUCCAUGUUGAGAUACUGGGCAACUUUUGCGAAAACUGGAACUCCAAAUGGGACCCUGAUUAAUGGAACAAGAUGGCCAGUCUUCACUAGUACUGAACAAAAAUAUUUGACAUUAAAUACCAACACAUCAGAGAUACUGACAAAAUUACGUGCUCAGCAGUGUCGAUUCUGGAAUAUUUUUUUUCCCAAAGUCCUGGAAAUGACAGCUGUCAGCUCAUCUAAGUCAUGGGUGGUUGCUUCAAAGAGAUUGAUGAUGUUGCUGAUAAUGGGAUGCAUUGACUUGUGACUUCAAUUUGGAUCUUAUCACUGAAAAAAGCAAACAAAUGGGAAUCCAAGUUCUUAUUUCAGUGUUUUCCUUCCCCCUUUUGUCUUUUAGAUUCAUAAUGGUGGCUAUUCUGAAUUUCUUGUUGUCUGCUUUCUCUAGCUGACUCACUUCACCGUAAUCUUGAAGAAGCACUGAAAUGCCUCAUAAUUUAUACUCUAGAACAGUGACUUUUAAUUGAAGUUGUGUGUAUGGUAGAGGUAUUCCAUUUUCUAAAGUCUUUGGGCAGACUUCAAACACAUCUAAACCUGAAUAAUUAAUGAAGGAACGGGGGUUUUUUAAUUCAUAAGUGGAGGCUUUGCUUGGAUAAAUAAAACUGGAUACUCAUAAUCAAGAAUAAGACAAGAAAUACAGUUAAGACAUUUUUCUCCAAAUAAUACUAGUACUGGUUCAUACACUAAAUUACCAAUCCAUUUGACAUAUGUGGAAAAUUUGGCUUUACCCGAGACCCUGGCUACAUCUUUAAAUUAAGAAACACGCAAAGGCAAGUCAGGAAAGUAAAGUGUUGUGCAUGUUUUCUCCCCAUAGUUCUGUGAGACAUAUCUGCAUAGCUUUGUAAUCAAAACAUGGUUUUAUUGUUACCAGUAUUUACAAAUCCUCUUUGAGUUAAUGACAAUUGCGGCCUGCAAAAUAAAAUUUUAAAAUGAUCUGAACUUUUCUUGAUCUCAGUGUAACCAAGCUUAUUUGCAUCUUUAACUGAGGGAGAGGAGUAUGGUUAAUUUUUUGUAAUAUUUUUUCCUAUAUUUGUUCUUCACAAUUUCCCUUUUGACUACAAGCAGAAGUACAGAAUCUCCUCAAGAAAAAAGUAUCUUGGUUUUAUUUCUGGUGUCACUGAAACCAAGAAGUAAUGUAAAUCUCAUUUCAAAGUAUCAUUAAAUUGCCAUCUGGAUUUCCAGACCAAAAAGGUUUGGAAACGUUGAGCUAAACUGCAGAUAAGCAACCAAAUUACUGGAUGCUUCUCCAAAGUAAAUCUCCGAAUCUGUUAACUCUCUUUCCAGAAUAUUUUCUCUACUGAUGUGUAAAACACAAAAGUAUUUCAUUUUCACAUAACCAGUUAAACUUGCAGUGCUGACAGAUCAUAAAAAAGGGGAAAAGGGUGUAUUUAUGGAGGGAAAGGGCCUAUGCUCUACUGCAGCAGAAGAACAUAAAGCCAAAAGAGCAUAAAGAAACCAUGGAACUGUUAUCUCAUGAACACAGUUACCAAAUUUUUUUGGAAGCAAGCUACGUCAAUAUGGGACACUGAGAUAAUUAGGUCCAGAAUGAAUAAAGGCAUCCAUAGAUCACAAAUGGUUUCUAAACUUUAAGAAGAAGUCUACAACGGAUCCAAAAUAAUAAGCCACAGUAUGCGAUACAGCCUACAUACAUUAUCUUUCCUUUAGUUGUUGUAUGGGUUGUUCCUGCAAGGUCACUGCAUUUCUCCCUAGUGUUAAUUACCUUUUGGGACUGGAGGAAGUAAUCCCUGUCCGUAAAAUACUCUGGGAACCUUGUAAAAUGAUACAUUUUUAUUACUAGUGUCAUCCUCACCCUCUGCUCUGAUGUCUAUAACAAAUUUGGCUAUAAAUAUUGCCUUGGGACACAGGAUUAGUCGGCAAAUUCUUUAUAGGCUAGAAUGAAAAAGAAAAGAGGAGAUGGUUUCAUGUUGACAUAGUGCACAUUUUACAGUAUCUUCCUCCAAACUUGUUCCCCUUACACAUUAAACCUGUGGAUUUAUUCCUCAGUAGGGUGAAAUCCUGGCCAUCCAUUGAAAUCCAUUGAAACUAAUGGCAAUACCCUUGUUGCCUUGAACAAAGCUAUGAUUUCACUGUAUCUUUACAAGCACCUAUCUCAGUUUGCAUAUCGUAGUCUUCAGGGUGUGUAAGUUUCACUGUAGCGUAUACUGAACCAAACUAAUAUUUUGAGGCUUUAAAAAAAAAGGUAGCUUUAAAAUGAAGAACUUGGACAGAAGCAUUAUCCAGAAGCAACAAGCCCGUACAUAAGUAUAUUUAUUACCCUGCGGUGUGCCAGAAUGAUAGCUUUGCAGUACUUUCUUCCUGAUUUAAAGAUAAAGUGUUAAUAACUGAAUUUUCAGUCAUUCCAGGUUUAAGAAAAGAGACAAAAGACCACCCUAUAAUGUAUUUGGAGCAAAUGACAUUGAUAAUCAAAAUUAUUUUUCAAUUAACAUAUAAAGAGAUUCAAAUUUAGAUUAAUGUAACCCAUUUCAUGUU